UGAGAAUCAAUCUGUCUACGUCGUUCUUUGGCUGCUCUACUGGGCUUUUACACGCGACCCCUUGUGCUUGGAUCCCUCGCUGGCGAGCUGUCCCACUGCCCCGCUGUGGCGGCCCCGCGAUCGAUCUUGUUUGUCGAGCCUCUCACGUCAUGACAAUCAGCGAGGUGCGGCGGCGGCAAGGCGACUGCAGUACCUUGCCGUAACAAAAAUGGACGCCCCCACAUCAAACCUCAACCCGCAGGCGACGCCGUUCCUCCCGGGCAUCGCGUCGCUGCCGUCGCUGCCCGACGCGGCCCUCACAUCGACGCUCGACCUGCUUUUCGAGCCGUCGCCGCAGCUGCACGCGCUCACGCUGCCGAUGCUGCGCACGCUCUCGUUCGGCUCGUACGCAGACCUCAUCGCCACGCUCCGCGACCAGCUGCUCGCCAUGGCCGCCGCCGUCAGCGGGCCCCACGCCGACCCCGACGCCCGGCGGCCCCUGCACGCCAUCCUGGCCAGCCACCCGCGCCUCGGCCCCGCCAAGCCGCCAACCCCGCACGCCGAUCACGAUGGCAACGAAGAAGAGGAAGAGCAGCUCAGCGCCCAGAGCGCCGCCGAACAGGCCCAGCUGCGCGGCGGCGACCACGCCGACGCCCGACGCCUCGCCGCCCUCAACGACGAGUACGAGGCCGCCUUCCCCGGCCUGCGCUACGUCGUCUUCGUCAACGGCCGGCCGCGUGAUGUGAUUAUGGCCGACAUGCGCCGCCGCAUCGACCGCGCCGACCCCCAGGCUGAGGAGCGCGAGGCUAUCCAGGCAAUGUGUGACAUCGCGGCCGACCGCGCCGCCAAGCUCCAGAAGUCGUCCCCGGAGGCCGGUGAGCAUUGCGCCAGCGCGCCAGCUAGAGUUUAAGGGCUGCGUCACUUUCUAGGUGGAGUUACCUACCUAUCUGCCUAUCUGCCUACCUGCCUACCUGCCUACCUGCCUACCUGCCUACCUGCCU